GAAAAAGAAAGAGCAAAAAAAGGCACCCUCAUAAAUUGCAGGAUUCCAUUCCAUUAUAUUACCCAAUGCGCCGUCGCCUCAUCCGGAGGAUUGAUCAUCCGCUUGCUCCUGCUCCUGCUACAGCUGAAAAGACCUGCCUAAAUGGCGAGGUUGUGACUUAUGUCUCAGCUCUUUGUAUUCUUGCUUACGGGUGAGAACCAGGUCUUUGAUUCCAGGGGAAUACAGUAUCACUUCUUGUGUUGUUUUGUUGCUUUCCGAGUGUCCCGAUGAUCGGACGUUGCGACCAUGCCCUCCAACUCCCGGUUCCACAGAGCUACCACGGGGCCGUCAGCUUCCGCAGUAUAUACUCAGCUUCCGAAUGAUUCGACUUCGCUGUUAGAGCCCAACACGCCGGUCGACUACUCGCAGGACGGUAUCGCAGGGAAUAAACCGGAUCCAAACAGAAUCGACAUCGAUACCAGAGACGACGACGAGAACGACGAAGAAGACGAGCGCAGACAGGAUGGAGUCCGGCAGGCCGAGGCUAUUACAUCCUCAUGGACGUUUCGAGCCCUGGUUUUUACUUACGUUUUUAUUUACAUUCUGACAUUUGUCAAUUCGCUACAACAGCAGGUCACGGGCAGUCUGGGUCCGUAUGUGACUUCCAGUUUCAAGCAGCAUUCCCUGUUCUCGACGACGCAGACCUUGUCCAGUAUUGUCGCCGGUUGUUCGAAGCUCCCAAUUGCGAAGAUCCUUGAUAUUUGGGGGCGAGUUGAGGGUUUCAUUUUGAUGACGGUCCUGUGUACAUUGGGACUCGUUUUGAUGGCGGCUUGCAGGAAUGUUGAGACCUAUGCUGCAGCUCAGGUCUUCUACUGGGUUGGAUACAACGGAAUGGGAUACGUGAUCAACAUCUUCCUCGCGGACACCACAUCCCUCAGAAACCGGAUGAUCAUGUUUGGUCUGAACUCGACACCGUUUAUCGUGACUGUCUUCAUUGGACCAUACGUUGCGCAGCUAUUCCAUACAUAUAGCACGUUCAGAUGGGCGUUUGGUUUCUUCGCCAUUGUCGUUCCCGUCGUGUCGAUUCCCGUCGCGGCUGUUUUUCUGUACAGCAACUAUAAAGUGAGGAAGAUGGGUCUUGCUCCCCUUCGCAUGGUCAGCGGGAGAACGACUCUCCAGAUUCUCUACCACUAUGCGCGCGAGUUUGAUAUUGUUGGUUUGCUUUUUGUGGUUGGCGGCUUUUCCCUGCUACUUCUUCCCCUCACUCUUGCCGCGAGUUCUGUGAAUCAGUGGCACAAUCUGUAUAUCAUUGCGAUGCUGGUUAUCGGAGUUGCUCUCUUAGCGCUAUUCUGCGUUUGGGAAAAGUAUUUUGCCCCAGUGACGUUUGUGCCAUUUCAAUACCUCCAAGAUCGAACGGUUUUCGGUGCAUGUGUUUUAUCCGCUACCUUGUUUUGCAGCUUCUACACAUGGGACGUCUACUUCUCCUCCUACCUCCAAGUGGUCCAUAACCAAAACAUCCGCAACGCCGGCUACAUAGCAAACAUUUUCACCAUCGGCUCCUCCUUCUGGGCUCCCAUAGCCGGCCUCAUGAUCCGCUACACAGGCCGUUUCAAGUGGUUGGGUCUAGUAGCCAUUCCCGUUUCAGCAAUUUCCACAGCCGCAAUGAUCUACUUCAGGCACCCAGGCACAGAUAUCAGUCUUAUUGUGCUUAUACAGAUCUUCAUGGCGUUUUCUGGCGAUACACUAGUUAUGACGGAGCAACUCGCCGCUAUGUCCGCGGUACCACAUAACGAAGUCGCCGUCGUUCUUGCACUGGAGGGUCUCUUUAUGAGUAUCGGAGGAUCAAUCGGACAGUCGAUAUCGGGUGCUAUCUGGACGAACCUCCUGCCGGACAAACUGGUUGAAUACCUCCCCGCGAGUGAAAAAGCAAAUUGGAAGGAGAUCUACGGAUCACUGGAAGUGCAGCUGUCGUACCCCGUUGGAAGUCCCGCACGAGAUGCUAUCAUAAUGGCAUAUGGAUACGUGCAAAGACGGAUGUUGCUUGCAGGUGUGUGCUUUAUGCCGUUGGCGCUUGGAUGUGUGUUGCUUUGGAAGAAUAUUGAUGUUAAGGGGAAGCAGCAGACGAGGGGGAUGGUCUUCUAGCGUUGCAUGUUGCAUGUUUGCGAGGGGUGUUUGGUGAGUUGGGUUAUCUGUAUAGUGCUCUAAGAGCGGCUGCAUUGCAUAGAUAGAGUAUAGCAGUGAUCGUCUGGACGAUCUAACUCAGUCAUAUAUCUUCCAUUGGGGGAUGUUUUAUAUUUCGCUUGACCUUCUGAUUCUCCAUUGUAAGAUACUCGUGAGUCCUUAACGCAUUAAUCAACAGUGAGUUGAGACUAGAAUCACAACCGAACGAAUAUAAAAUGAUCCAUACUCAUAACACGCCAUAAACCCCAUCCCAUAAUACCCAACCACAACGAAAAACAACCCACAAUAAACAACCACCCCCGUAACACUCAAUUACUCAAAAAAUAAUUCACCGCAACCACCUCCCCAAGCCCAACCUCCCUUUCAAACCCAUCCAAAUCAAACCUCACC